CUCUCUUAUUUGCCUUUAGAUAGGUGAUUCCCUUAUUGCAUGUUAUGUCUCAGUUGUCUGCUAGUCUCAAAAUGAAUCUUCAGGUAUCCUACUGCACCUGGCCAAUCCCUAGUACUUUUUGAAGGCAAGAAGAUUAAUCUCUUUCACAAGUUAAGACAAGAUGUUUAUACUAAGACCCCCUUCCAGUAUUUUCCAGUAUGCUAAGAAGUUGUUUCUUAGUGAGCAGGCAGGCCGGAUCCACCUUCAAGAACUUGCACGAAAGAAUAUUGCUAAUGCGCUAUCUCUUACAAACCUCAUGAUGGGACUCUCUUCAAUUCUGUGUAGCUUAAAUGAGCACCACCAUUGCGCUUGCUGGCUUCUCUUUUUUGGGUUUCUGCUUGACCUAGCUGAUGGAGCUGUUGCAAGACAACUUAAUGCAUGUUCCGUUCUUGGAGCUAAGCUGGAUGACUUUGCAGAUUUUACAACAUUUGGAAUUGCAACCUCACUCCUGCUACAGGCCCAUGGCAUUCUGGAUGGUGUGAUUGUCAUCUGCUACGUUAUGGCUGUGUUUACACGUCUCUGCUUCUUUUCUAGUGGCAUCCCAUUUGUUUACCGUGGCCUACCAUGUCCUUAUGCCUCAGCUAUCCUAGCUUGUACCUUUUUAUUGACUGGAGGAAAUCGCAUUCUCCUGUAUGUUGCUGCAGUGGUGAUGAUCCUCUUCAUGACUGACCAUGGCAACUACCCCCAUGACAAGGUCCUUGAGUCACAAGUCUGGAAAAAAAUAGUUUACAUUGGUGGUCUGAUGAUGCUAUUUUGCUGUCCGCUACGGCUUGCCUGCAUAUACUUCCUGAUUUGGUGUUUCUCUUAUACCCUCUUCCCAUCUACUUUGUGGAGUUGCAGAUGUUAAAUCCCUGUUUCAUGCUUUCUCUUCAUAGGGAGAAGUCUGGUGCUGCAGUUCAGCAACCAGAGCCUAAAGUCAUUCGUGUUGAAUGACAAAAGAAAUCUGUAGAAGGAUUUAUCACAUUAGGUACUGGGUUGACAUCUUUAUUUGGUCAUUUUUAAUGAAAAGUCUGCAAGCUCUUUUAGGUUUCAUUUUACAUUCCAUAAUAGAUUUCCUCAAUCAUAAGCAUUUGCUUUUGAAUAUAAAUCACCUCUUUUUAAUACUGUAUUCCCUAUUCCCCAAAAAACAUGCAGACUACAUAUUAUUCCUCUCAAUUGAGAGUUCUGGAGAAUGAAGUUGCUGUAUUGAAAUUGCUCAUUAAAAGUUUGAGCACUUUUUUAAAAAAUUCAGAUAAAUAUUAAUAUAAUCAAAAUAUGAAAUUACUUCAUUCCAAACCCUUGAAAUGAAGUGAAACAAUUUGUUCAGCUUUAUUCACCAUGAUAUUUGGUAGCUAGAGAGCCCAAGAAAGUAAUUGGAGACUUGUGUGAUCAAUAAUAACUUAAAACAGUGGAGCGUUGAAGCAAUAGUGCUUAAUUAAUCUCUUCUGUCACAUAUAGAUAUGCAUCUUUUAGUCACCUUUUUUCAUCACUGCCUUCAGCAUGUAUUGAUGAUAUUUUUUUCUGAAGCUCCUAGGUGGUGACAGCUUCAAAUUAUUUUCAAGUUUACUUUCUGUAGUGAUUGUAAUGAAGUCAUCCAGGUAGACCUCAUCAAAUAUGAGUUCCCUGAUUCUAGCUGUU